ACUUUCAGAUAUUUUGAAAUAUUCCAAUAAGUGAAAUUAAUGAAUGGUGUAAUAGUGAUACUCUAUGUGUUAAGUUGGUUUUAUUCAUGUGCCGCUGCAAACAAUGGAAUUUACGAAAACUUAUCGCAAAGCUUAAGCUAUCCAUGGGAUCUGAACACUCCUUGUCAACCAUACAUUGAGGAUUUCGCAAAAGCGAGUUCUAGAAUGAUACGAUGUGCAGCCACAUUUUCUUCACCACCGAAAGUGUGCACAUCUUGUACCGAAGAAUACAUUGCGUUCAAACAGAUCGAAUAUAUGUUACGUAAAUUGGAACAUGUGUUUUCACAUGACAAUACUACCUGCAAUCGUGUAAUUUAUGAGAAUUACUUAAUUUCCUAUGUGUCGGAGGUAUCGACGACAAUAACAAGAAACAUAUGGGGCAAUUCGCGCUGUUCUUCUUGUGUGAAUAUCAAUUGGCAUUUCGAGACAAACAGCACUGAAUACAGCUAUUAUAAUGAUACUAUACAGUUUCAAAAUAAGUUAUAUGAUUGGAGGCGCUGUGUUUCUAAUGUUUCGUCUCUUCAAGCUAAUGAUAUGGUCAUUUGUGAUGAAUGUCUGAGUUCAUUCAAUGAAUUAUUCCAGUUUUACUGGUAUAUAUAUAUCACACCGAAUGUUAAUUUUUGUUUAGAUGUCGAAACUACGAUGAAUGAUACGAUGAAUCUGUGGCAUAAUGUAUGGCAUUGUCCGGAUGAUCGAGUAGAAGAAUUACGAGACUGGACAUUACUUGGAUAUAGCUUGGCUUUGCUAAUAAUAAUUGCAGUAUUUUUCUAUGCUGGUAGUUAUGUCCAAAGUUCAGAAAUACAGAGGCAUCUUGUGCAAUAUUCUCGAUUAGAAGCACCACGUGGCUUGCGAUCACAUAUUCUAAGCUCAUCAACUUUGGAUACAAUAUCGUCCUUAACUGCUAGAAAUACCGAAAGGAUCACCAGUUUGCAGUAGUAUAUUGUCGACUUUUUUUCAUGUGAAUUUCCUGUUCCUUUGGCUAAUUAAGUAGAAUAACAUAGAUUCAUGCAUUUAUGUGCGGCCAUGCAUGAUAGUCAUAUAUCUUGCAUAAGUAACCAGAAAAAACUACAGAGGACUCAUUUUAUUAAUUAAAAAAAAGG